AUGACAGCCUUAGUACUUUGGAAUUUUUUCUUGUCAGGAGCCAUCAAUUUACACAUCACAGAUGUCUUAGUGAGAAACGAAACACAUUUCCUGCUUCUACACUAGAAGGACGAAAUCCCAAGUUUGGGCACGAAAAGCUCAACCUCAUACUGGUACAUGCUUUCUCAUGGUGAAAUAGGUUUUCCAAUGAACAUGUGGGAGGUUUGGAUACUGCUUUUAGCUAGUAAUUUUAUGACUGCUCAUUUCCUAAAUGAGCCUCUUAGUACACUCAAUCAUCUAGAAGUGACAUAUGGCCAGCAACUUGGCAUCAUGUUGUCAAGUGUGACAGAGAAAUUAGAGUUUACAUCGACAAAUAGUCUGCAGUCCAUUAUUAUUUGGUCCGGACGUAACCAAGCCAAAAGGGGAGAAGUGGUAAAAUCAGGAGAAGAAAAACGCUUCAUAAUUAACUCUGUCACAUUUAAUGACCAGGGAAACUACACAGAGUGGGACUUCUGGGACAAAGUAACAACAGUCCAUUUAGUGAAGGUUACCUCUAAAAGACUCAUCCAGGGUUGUAUGCCUGACAAGAAUCUUAGCAUUUCCCUGGACGGCCUUUUGAAGAAUGAUGUUACACUACAGUUCUCCAGCAAAGAUUUCAACCACACUCUGGUGAAGCAUGGCUUGCCUAUGUACAACCAAACACCUGGGUAUUGGGGACGAAUACAAGUAACUACCAAAAACAUCCAAGUUUUUAUUGUUGAUGGUUCAGAUGUGGGGACAUAUACACUCAGUGACCGUGAAAAUAAUACAGUCAUGAUCCUGACUCUGAACAUGGGUGGCUGUGCACUUCAGACCACCCAAUUGAAACUGAAGCAUGGAGAGGAGUUGAGUAUAAAUCUACCAAUUUGGUUUAAGAAGCUGGAGUUUAGCUCAGUGAAUAAAGUGCAAUCUGUUCUCUGGCCCAGCUGUGAACUGAACACAAAGAAAUAUGUUAAAGGAUCAGGUUAUGAAAGGGAUUAUAUAAUUCGUCCUGUAACAUUUGAUGAUGAAGGAACCUACACACGGUGGAACUACAAGAACAAAGAGUCUUCUAUUUAUAAACUGGAUGUUGUCUGUGCAAACCAUAUUCAGGAUUGUGUAGUUGGUAAGACUCUCAGCAUUUUUCUGGAUGGCCUUGCAAAAGAUGACGUUACACUACAUUUCACCAACCAAGACUUAAACAUCACUCUGGUGGAACACGGCUCACCCGUGGGCAACUUAAAUCACUUUUCAGAACGGAUCCAGGUGACUAACAGCGAUAUCCAGGUGCUCAACGUUGAUGUGACUGAUAUGGGCAACUACACACUUUUUGAUCGUGAAGAUCGUAUGGUCAAGGUCAUUACACCAAACUUUAUCUAUGAACGGAAUCCUCUGUUGGCUUUGCUGCUGUUGCUUUUUAUACCACUUAUAGUUUUCUGCUGCUAUGGGGAUAGAAUAAAGAAAAAAUGCACUAAAUCCAAAACCACCAACAACAACACUACUGGACGUACAGUGAAGUAUGAAAAUGAAAAUGCACUUCUUCCAACUUCAGGUCAACCCUCCAGAAAAUCAGAAGUUUCUGCACGCAGCACUCCGGUAGCACAAUAGUACACAACACAGCACAUGAUUUUAAAUGAAUGAUUUAAAAUAUAAAUAUAAAAUAUUCAAAGUGAAAAAAUAAAAGUCAAAAUAUCAAAAUUG